UAACUUUAUCAGUAUUCAGUGCAAAUUGUUGAUUGUUGAAAAUAAUAAAUAAAAAAUUGGCAAUUGAAUUGUUUACCGUUAACACUUGCUUAAAAUCGUACGACAUGGAAUGACGAAUCAUAUUCGUUUUAACAUGUACAUCACAAUAAUGGGACCAAUGUUUACAGAAGCAGUGAGCGCAGAACGCAUCUAACACGGUAGACACUGGACGACGUCAGAAUGUCAGAUUGAUUAUUGAUGGCGGAGUUUAAUCAGUCGCAGGUCUUUGCUAAAAACCAUUAAACAUGGCAGGAUCGUUCGUGUUUAGAUUGAUACCAUUCAGUAAGUUACGCGAAAAGAUGGCCAAACUGUCCAAUAGUGUGUCAGAAAAUCGCAACCACAUCCGUUUGUUAGCUGAGUCCAUAGCUUAUUGUGUGGUGACCAGUAGCCUGGGAUGGCUGGCGUACGAGUUUCACGAAACGGUUUUGACCAUUGAAAGUUGCGUACAAAAAGAUCCGAUGUUGUUGAACAACAAAUCACCAGAAUAUAUAUUUGUUGACAAAACUGCAUUCACUGAACUUGAUGAAUAUCAAAUUAUUGAUAGCAACAGUAUAAUACAGCCAACAAAUCCUCCUGUAUUUUUUUUGCAAAAAUGGAAUGAUUUCAAACACAAAAAAGCUUGGAAACUUUUAGAAAUAACUAACAAAUACAAAAAUUCUAAAUUAUCCUGGGUAGCCACUACACGAUUAACUACAAUGACUGAUCUAAAAGAUUCAGAUUUUCAACAUUUAGCACAAAUGAGUCAAGCACAUACUUUGGUCGGUUUGGCUCGAUCAACUAAUGUCAAUCCUAAAUUUUUUUUACCUCCUAGAAAUAUAAGCUGGACAAAAGAUGAAAUAUUACACAAAAUCCGUGAUUUGUUAAUUAAAUUAAAUGAAUUAAAUGAACACAAAUGUUUAUCUUACUUUAUGGCAUAUGCAUUUAAAGAUAAACAGCAUGACUAUUAUCAUCCAGAAGAUAUACCUCCAGAUUUUGGUAGUAUGCAAAUAGACAAUGAUAAUAUAUUACAGUUGAGCAUAAAUGCUUUACGUCACCAUUGUAACAAUGAAACAAAUGUUACUGCUAUGGUAAAAUUGGGAGGCUUGCAGAUUUUAAUGGCUAUCUAUCAGUAUUUAAAACAUGAUGAAGAAAUAGCAGAAGAAAUCGGAAAAUUGUUGUCAGUUGCUUCUUUAAACAGAGAUCUUAUACAAGACAUUUUUUCAACCGGAUGGAUCAGUAUUUUGUUUGAAUGGAAAAAUCACCACAAUUUUAGAAUCCAAUCAUGGGCCAACCGCACAUUAUUAAAUAUGGACGAUGAAGAUCCAAUUAACGGAGAUUAUAUGUUUGGAAAACAAACAGUAUUAUUACAUCCAAAAAAUAGAUACCACAAAGAUGCUAAAAUUGAUGUAGUUCUUGUACAUGGCUUAUUAGGUGGUGUCAGCUUUUCAUGGCGUGAAAAAGAUCUGCUUAUUAAUGAACCUCUUGGCCUUUUUGAUAUGAACAAUAAGAAUGAAUCUCAUAACUCAUCUAAUAACACUAUACUAAAAAAACCAGUGGGUGAAGAUAUGCAAAAUUAUUUAGAUAGUUAUAAAGAAGUCAAAGCUAGAGAAUGGGACUUGAUUGGAAAUGAAUUUGAGUUUGUUUUGAACGAUAUACCACAAAAAGAAAAUUCAAAAGGAAAUGGCCCUUACUCAUUACAAGGGAAUGAUUCUACUGUACGACAAACUGCUCUCAAUGAAGGUUAUAGUCAAUGUUGGCCGUCUGAUUGGUUACCCACUGAUGAAGAAGGUCUUCGGGUGAUUGGUGUUGAUUAUAGUACAACAUUAUCUGAAUGGUUACCAUCUUGUCCUUUAAAACAAAAAAAUCAUCGUACGCUGGAGGGACGCACAGACAAAUUAAUGCAUCAAUUAUUGGCUAUUGGUAUUGGAGACCGACCAAUAAUUUUUUUGGCUCAUUCUAUGGGAGGGCUUUUAGUAAAAAAUAUGUUGGUUGCAGCAAGGAACAGUAACGAUCCAAAUGUGAGAAAACUUUUUGAAAAGACAAGAUCUGUAUUCUUUUUUAGUACCCCACAUCAUGGGUCACCAUUGGCUACUUUAAACAGUGCAUAUCGAUUCUUUUUAUGGCCAUCAGUAGAAGUGGAUGAACUUAGAACUGAUUCACCUAAGUUAGUAUCCCUCCAUAAAAAUUUCCUAGAAUGUUUAAAGGAGAAUCCAAUGAAGAUUGUCACUUUUGCUGAAAGCCUUCCAACAGAGUUUACUGCUUUGAAAGUGCCUAUACUAUGUGUACCUAAAGAUGCAGCUGAUCCAUCGGUGGGUGAGCUUUAUGAAUUGCCAUUAAACCAUAUGUCUAUCUGCAAAGCUGAUUCUAAAUUGUCAUUUGUUUAUCAAAAAACAAUAUCUGUGAUAAAAACAGUUGCUGCAUACAGCAGUUAAUUGGAAUAGCAAUUAGCAAAAAUUCCAAUUAAUAUGAAUAAUUUGUAAUUAUAAUAUUGUAUUGUUCAACACUAACUUAAAAGUAUUAAUUUAUUAUUCUGAACUAGUUGUUUUGUUUUACAUUAAAAAUAUUGUUAAAUAAUAAUUUAUAAUUUAUUGUAACUGACAUAUUGGUAUUUAUGACGUAUAAUGAUCUCUUGUUUAAAUUUGGUAUGUAUAAUAUAAAUUAUUUAAAACAAUCUUUCCACCGUUUCUUCUACUGUUGAUUGCUUUAAUGAUUGUAUCAUAUUAACCAGCUCUUGAUAUAGAAAACAAUUCCUGUAAUAUUUUUAUAUCAGUAUUUUAUAAGUGUUUACCAAGAUGUUUGAUAAUUAAAAUAAUUUUAAAUUACUUAUAUAAUUUUAUAUUUUAUAUUAUAUAUUUUAAUACCUACUAUGUUGUAAUUCUUACCGAUUUUUUGGUUUACAAAUAUUUCGAUGAUCCAACGGAACACCAUAUAAAUCUCCAAAUCCUGGAUCUUGAUAGUAUAUAUAUAAAAAAAAUGUAAAUUUUUGAUUAGAUUAUAUAUCUGGUGAUUUUUUUAUAUCUUGAAUACAAUGAAUAAAAUUUGAUAUUUCUAUUAUUGGUUCAAAAUAAACAAAAAAACCUAUUGUGAAUAUAGA